GCGGCAUAUUACCUUUCCGGUUCCUUCACCUUGCCGAUCAUCUAGCUACAAGGGUAAGACUGCAGCUGUGCCUCGUGGGGGACCAAUACCACAUCUGCGCGUGCACAUAAAACUCUUCAAUGGGGUGCUAUGAAAGAAAUCGCACAUGGCUCGAUCUGACUCUCUGUGUAGACCUUCACCUCUCAACUCUUGAUGUUGACUGACGGUCAAAUGGCAAGCAUGAUGGAUGGCGUUCCUAAGACCGAGAAGCCAAAGCCCAGCGAACACACGAUCACACAAUCGACCCCACAGACACCCCCGCGGACGCCACCAUUAAUAGCGGCCUCAAGCCAGACUCUAGCAUCAGAGAUCCGUAACAUUUACCAGGCCCUAACUGAACUCCCUAACCUCGUACCUGGAGAUGGAGUCAACGCACUGCUCACUCGUCUGGUCAGCUUAUGUGUCGUGCUUUACACCGAUGAGUUCACCACAUACUUUUUCAACAUCAAGGGAAUGCGAACGAUCUGCGAGCAGCUACGACCGCUUUGCGCUACAGCCGAAGGAGAACUAGAACACUUCUGGGCGAGAACAAUUGUUGAGGAGUCGUUGAAGACAAACGCGACCCCAACGCAGACACAAGCGUUGCUCACCACCUUUCCCUACCACCAAAACUAUGUCGACCUGUCGCGCGUUGAGUGCGCUACUGUAGCCGCCUUUCUACCUCCCUCGUCAGCCCCAGAGAACAUCGCAUUCAUCGGCUCCGGGCCCCUCCCGCUCACCUCGCUUUGUAUCCUGGACAUAUUCCCUUCCGCGCGCGUGCACAAUGUUGAUCGCGACUUCACGGCUCUCUCGGUCAGCCGAGAUCUGUGUGCCAGACUGGGACAUGCAGGCCGCAUGAGCUUUGCGUGUGCGGACGUAAGUGUCGAGGAGAACCGCGAUGAGGAUAUGGUGAAGUGGAGUGAUUUCGAUGUCGUCUUCUUGGCGGCGCUGGUUGGUAUGAAUACGCUAUCCAAACUGGCGAUUCUUGCAGGGUUGGUGAAAAGGCUCAGACCAGGCGCGUUUGUGGUAGCGAGGAGCGCGAAAGGAUUGCGAGCAGUGUUGUACCCGGUUCUUGAAUUGGGCGAGGAUCUGGACAAGAUUGGAUUAGAAAUGUUAGUCGAGGUGCAUCCAUGGACGAAAGUCGUGAACUCAGUCAUUGUGUUCAGGGUGAAGGAGGUUGCAAGACCAUAAGGAAGAUUGAGAGUGCAGGUCGGAGCUCUCGUAUUGCAGAACCGGCAAGAUAGUAGCACUUUUGACCGUUGCUAGAAUGUAUUCAGCUGUUCUAAGGCAAGGUGUGUCCCCGGAGAGAACGCUUUCAGUGUCAUGCUUGUGAAUCGGCUUGCAAAACCUGCACAUAAUUAUUUCCAAGAUCUUCGUUAGGUGGCAACAACUUGUGCCUUAAGCAACAUGAGAGUGGUUGGAGCUGAGACGGUGCUAUCAUCGUGAUCCUAAUUAGAAGGGCGGCAAGCGUGUGAUUGUAGUCGGUAAUAAACAA